CGACCAUCUGCUCCCUAGGACUGCCUAGAAGACCACUCCCGCAGGAGCUUCUUCCCGCCCCCAAAGCAACCCACCAACUCCCCGACAUUAACUUUUUUUUUCUUCCACCACAGAUGGUCCGCACUUCCAAACGCCAAGCUUUAAUCAAAGCUAUCAAAGCGGCCUUGGUGAACGUUCUGAUAGCCGACAUGAUCAAUGAUCUUGUGGGAUUCGACGAGGAUGAUAGCUCGGAUGACGAUUCCACAGACGGAAGCUCACUAGAUGAAGAAGACUUCAAAUGGAUGCAGAUUGAAGAUCUACUAUCUUACCUUCACGCGGUCCACUCACAACGGUACCUUGGUCCUCGUCAACCCACCCAGCCAGCUCCACUAGACCAUGAUCAGAGCGAAAACCUCAUGAUCAACCAAAUCGAUGAUGAGAACUUCAAACAAGAGUUCCGAAUGUCGCGAACUUCCUUCUUGAAGCUAUGCGAGCACAUUUCUAACGAUCCGGUUUUCCAAAACAAUUCGAAUGGUCCGCAACGUCCUGUCAGAGAACAACUGAUGGUGACCCUGAAGCGACUGGGAUGCUCAGGAAAUGAAGCGUCUAUCGACGUGUUGUCGCGUUUCUUUCGACUUGAAACGGGCACGGUGGAGCUGUAUACGAAUAGGUGUCUUAUGGCGAUAUUGCGAUUACGAUCGGAGGUAUUGAAUUGGCCUACUGCGAAGGAACGAAAAGCGAUAUCAGUAGAGCAAGCCAAGGUUGGAUUCAACGGCUGCGUGGGUUUCAUCAAUGCAACUCUUAUCCCGCUCUCCAUAGCUCCCUCCAAGAAUCCUGGCGAUUUCUACUCAACCAAAGGCUUCUUCGCCAUCUCGACUGUGAUUGUUUGUGAUGGACAGCAAAACAUCACCUACUUAUAUACUGGUUGGCCUGGUGGUCCAUCCCUCUCGCGGGUGAUGAGCCAUUCGGGUCUCACAUUGAAGCCGGUCGAUUUUUUCUCGCCGGGGGAAUAUCUACUGGCCAACUCAGCAUUCACCACCACUCCGACUAUUGUGGCCGGUUACAAAAAGCCUAGCCAAGGACAACUCACAGAAGAGGAAGACAGGUUCAACGCCCACCUCCUACGGAGUCAGGCUCUCAUAGAGAACUGUAUAGGCACCCUCAAAGGUAGGUUCCAAAGCCUAAACGGACUUCGCCUCCGAAUCGACGGAAAGAAAGAUCAAAUCAGGGUCAAUGCAUGGAUCAUGGCGUGUGCAGUGCUUCACAACUUCCUCAAUCAGGAAGAUGAAUUUGACUUUGGACAUGUCGUCACGGAAGUCUCGGACAACUCCAACUCGGCGACUAAUCGUACGGCACAGAGAGCUACACUUGGUGGUCAAGAACAAAGAGAAAAAAUCACGAAUCAAGUCCUGGGUUUCCAUGCAUGACCCCUCAGCAAGGAAACAAACUCCUCCUUAAUCCUACCCUAAAAUUCAA